AGCUUGGGCAUUCUAGUUCUUUAUCUCAUCAUGCAUUUGACUUCCUUCUUGUUACUCACAGCUUCACUACAUACGUUGGUCAAUGGUUGUCUCUCCAGUCACCAUGCACGACGCGAAACAGACGCAUCCUACGUCGAGACGCAGCUGAGACGACUUCGCGCCCGAAGGCAGAGCAUGCCGGUGCUACACCAAAGCAAGACAAUUCUCAGCAAUGUUCGGAUCUUCAACGGGUGGGCCUUCAGUGAACCCACUACUGUGGGCAUCGACGGGGACCGCAUAACCUUCGACACCCGCCACGCACAGCACACAAUCGAUGGGGAAGGAGGGUUUUUACUCCCAGGAUUGAUCGACAGCCAUGUUCACCUGACCCGAUUGGACAGCCUCGAGGUUCUGGCAAGUUACGGUAUCACGAGUGUCAUGAACAUGGGUUGCAGUAACUAUACGUUAUGCGCAGCGCUCCGGGAACAAAUCGGACUGACAUCGUUUUUCACUGCCGGCGAAGGUGCUGUCGCACCCAACAGUACGCAUGCAAAGGUGUUCGGCGCCACAGGCUUUGUGCAAUCCCCGUCUCAAGCUCCUGAAUUUGUAGCCAAUGUCUUCAGGAAUGGAUCAGAUUAUAUAAAGCUGAUUGCAGAAAGCGAUGGCUUCAACCAGGCUACUCAUGAUGCGCUUGUCAAGGCAACACAUGCUUUGGGUAAGGUCGCCAUGACGCAUUGCCAAGACUAUGCCUCAUAUGAGGUAGCCAUACGCUCGAAGACCGAUGGUAUCCAACAUGUGCCGUUUGAUAUUCCGAUCUCGAAGCACAUGGUCCAACGCAUCAAACGACAGGGGCAAUACGUCACUCCGACACUGAACAUCGGGAAGAUCACAACGCAGAACAAGACAAUCGAAUCAAUUGUUUCUCCAUGUAUACCCUUGACAUACAAAGCCGGAGUCAUCAGCGUACAACGGCUCUUGCGUGCGGGGGUUACGCUGCUCGCCGGAACCGACGCAAACGACCAAGCCGAAGGUUUCCUCAAAGGCGAUUUAGUUGGGGUCACUCUACACAAAGAGCUGGAAUACCUAACAGAGGCGGGUAUGAGUCGAGUGGAUGUACUCAGGGCAGCGACGGUGAUGCCCGGUAUCAUGCAUAACUUGACAGGGCGAGGAUCUAUCGAAGAGGGAUAUCGUGCAGAUUUACUGUUGCUUAAACCAGGCAGCAAUCCGUUACAGAACAUCUCAGCAACACUAGACAUUGCGAGGGUGUGGAUUGGAGGAACAGAGCAUGUGCGAAAGGCGCGGAUGUAUUAAGACUAAGCUUAAGAUACUGUGAAGGUUGUGCUAAGAUAACCUAAGAGUUAGUUCUCGGGAACGAGUGAAUGCGUUAGACAGGGUUAGUGUACUAGCACAAUUAGUGGAUUAAUGUAAUAGUACAGAGGUGUAAUAGUACGUUUAGUAGGAUAAUAUAAUAUUAUAAGAGG